GGCUGGGUGGCCGUCCUCUCCCGCUCCUCUCAGGGCCGCUGCUGGGCUCGCCGCGUCCCAGGAACGCUCUAGCCCCCGCUGCUGCCACCCCGUCUCCCGUGCCCCUCGCUCCCGUGUAGCAGGAUGGCCGGCACCGUGCGCACCGCGUGCUUGGCGGUGGCGAUGCUGCUCAGCUUGAACUGCCCAGGACAAGCGCAGCCCCCGCCGCCGCCGCCGGACGCCACCUGUCACCAGGUCCGCUCUUUCUUCCAGAGACUGCAGCCCGGCCUCAAGUGGGUGCCGGAGACCCCAGUGCCAGGAUCAGAUUUGCAAGUAUGUCUCCCCAAGGGCCCAACAUGCUGUUCAAGAAAGAUGGAAGAAAAAUACCAACUCACAGCGCGAUUGAACAUGGAACAACUGCUUCAAUCUGCAAGUAUGGAGCUCAAGUUCUUAAUCAUUCAGAAUGCCGCGGAUUUCCAAGAGGCCUUUGAAAUUGUUGUUCGCCAUGCCAAGAACUACACCAACGCCAUGUUCAAGAACAACUACCCAAGCCUGACUCCACAAGCAUUUGAGUUCGUUGGUGAAUUUUUCACAGAUGUGUCUCUCUACAUCCUGGGUUCAGACAUCAACGUGGAUGACAUGGUCAAUGAAUUGUUCGACAGCCUGUUUCCAGUCAUCUAUACCCAGCUCAUGAACCCAGGCCUGCCUGAGUCGGUCAUGGACAUUAAUGAGUGUCUCCGAGGUGCAAGGCGUGACCUGAAAGUUUUCGGCAAUUUCCCCAAGCUUAUUAUGACCCAAGUCUCCAAGUCACUGCAAGUCACACGGAUCUUCCUCCAGGCUCUGAAUCUCGGAAUCGAAGUGAUCAACACCACCGAUCACCUAAAGUUCAGUAAGGACUGCGGCCGAAUGCUCACCAGAAUGUGGUACUGCUCUUACUGCCAGGGACUGAUGAUGGUUAAGCCUUGUGGUGGCUACUGCAAUGUGGUCAUGCAAGGCUGCAUGGCCGGCGUGGUGGAGAUUGACAAGUACUGGAGAGAAUACAUUCUGUCUCUGGAAGAGCUGGUCAAUGGCAUGUACAGAAUCUAUGACAUGGAGAAUGUGCUGCUUGGCCUCUUUGCGACAAUCCAUGAUUCCAUUCAGUAUGUCCAGAAGAAUGGAGGGAAGCUGACCACCACUAUCGGCAAGUUAUGUGCCCAUACUCAACAACGCCAAUAUAGAUCUGCUUAUUAUCCUGAAGAUCUGUUCAUUGACAAGAAAGUAUUAAAAGUUGCUCAUGUUGAACACGAGGAAACCUUAUUCAACCGAAGAAGGGAGCUAAUUCAGAAGUUGAAAUCUUUCAUCAGCUUCUACAAUGCUCUGCCCGGCUACGUCUGCAGCCACAGCCCUGUGGCCGAGAACGACACCCUUUGCUGGAAUGGACAGGAACUCGUGCAGAGAUACAGCCAAAAGGCGGCAAGGAAUGGAAUGAAAAAUCAGUUCAACCUGCAUGAGCUGAAAAUGAAGGGCCCUGAGCCAGUGGUCAGUCAGAUUAUUGACAAACUGAAGCACAUUAACCAGCUCCUGAGAACCAUGUCUGUACCUAAAGGUCAGGUUCAGGAUAAAAACCUGGAUGAGGAAGAGCUUGCCAGUGGAGACUGCGGCGAUGAUGAAGAUGAAUGCAUUGGAGGCUCUGGUGAUGGGGUAGUAAAAGUGAAGAACCAGCUUCGCUUCCUUGCAGAACUGGCUUAUGAUCUGGACGUGGAUGAGGCUCCGGGAAAUAAGCAGCAUGCAAACCAGAAGGACAACGAGAUCACCGUCUCUCACAGCGCUGGGACCGGGCAUUCUCCGCUCAAAGUGCUAACCAGCCUGGUGACCUCGGUGAUGUGCUUUUCUUUCUUGGUGCACUGACUCCCCGGUGCGUGGGCCUCCUGCUGUGUCGUCAGCACCCCGUGGUCUUCCUCUAUAAAGGAAACCACCCUCUUAUUUUUUUAUCUUCGAUUCCUCCUCAAACCAUUAAGUAGAGAACUAACCGUGAGUUAUGUUUUCGAAAUCAAAUGGAAUAUUUUAUGAGGACGGUCAAUUUUAGUGGUAGUAUAGAGUGUGCUUUUGCAAAGAAAAAAACCCAUCAAAGUUGUGCCAAAUUAUUUUCCUAUGUUUGGCUGUCGAAACAUGGUUACCAUGUCUCUCUCUCUCUCUUUCUCUUUGCAUGGAUUUCUUUGAAAAAAUAAAAUAAAAUAAACGCUCAAA